UUGUUUUAGUUAGAGUUCAUUAAUUGUGAGCGUAGCCUCUAAAUACAGUUACUGAAUGUGACAAGUAGGAGCUUUUGAAGCACUUCACUCCCCUGCCACCCUUGCUGCAGUUUCUAUGGAAGUGAAUUGCCAUCUGUCAGGUUUUUUGGUUAUUUAGAAUUAUGAUAGCACAGAAUACAAUCUAUCUGAUUACAUGUGCUGAUUUUAGAUCCUGUGCCCUGCUUCCUUGAAGAAAUAUGAAGGGAAGGGAAAGGGUAAAAAGGAAUAGGUUGAAUGUUCCUCUAGGUGACAAAAUAGAUGCGCAGUGCCCAGAUCAGUACACUGCUUCCAAUGUACUGACCACACAUACGGACAGGUGGUUCAAGUGUCUCAAAAAUGGAGACAUGCAUUAUUAAUUGAGUUUGGGAGUAGAUCCAGUGUCUGUAUCUCUGGUGUUCAGAGGUCCCUUUUUCUCUUGAGUGUAUCUCUACUUUCCAUUGCCUGCUGCAUGUGACAAAGGUGAACUCUGUUUGGCUUUGUAAUUUUUCGGAGUUGCCUUUAUGAAAAAUUCCAUUUUAAAAGCAGUAGGUUAUGGAAAUAAAAUAAACAUUCUUGAAAGUUAAGAUAUAUGAAAUAUGUUCUUUUUGGGCUUUUUCCAGCAGUGGCUGAACAAAUAGUAAGUUUAAUUUAAUUUCCAUUUGAGUGAUACAGUGCCUUGGGCAUGCAAAUACAAGUUUUAAGAUGGGGCUAAAGGAAGAACUGACAGAUCUUUGCUGUCAAAAAAUAUAUAUACUUUUAAUAGCAUUUACCAAAUACUGUUUUCCGAAUACCAUGACAAAUCUGUUGUAAGCACCUUGUAAUUUUGGAGACCUGUGGCUAACUGUUAGAUUUUCCAGCGUCUACCACAUGGUCCUCUCCUGCUCUGCACGUGGGUGCCCACUGAGUGAUGUUUCCAAGCUUGGUUCUAAACCUGCUGCUAUCACUAGGAAUGAUUGCAAGGCUCUGGUAAUUCACACCAUCCAUUCUGACACAUUGCUAAACCAACUGCAUGAUUAUUUAGGAUUGAGGUGUUUUACGGUGACAGUUAAAUUUGUGCAGCCAUAUAACACACCAUUUUCACUUGUCUCAUAAAGCUUGCACUCCUGCAUGCAGGAAUUUUCCCUGCAGGGGGUGCUGCACUGUGUAGCUGCUGAGGUAAAUUUUUGUUUACUAUGACAAGCUGUUUUAUCCACUCAGAACAGGCUUUUAACCAUUCUUAUGUAACUUAAUAGGCUCAAUGAAACUCAUUGGUGCCUGGAACCUUACCGUCUUAUAGAUAUCUUUGAUCUGUUAUCACUGUGCAAAAGUAAUGAGAUUAAAGAUUUAGGACAAAUCAGAUGGGGAAUUUUAUUUUUGGAAUUGAUUGUCCCGUGUUACCACUAGGCGUUGCAAAUAGGAUGUCCUAGUUCUGCCUCCUUUGUAACAAUAUCAGAGUUCAUACUUUGAAUCAAAGAGAGCACUGCUGUAAGACACAGAGGUUUAAGUAGAUGUAUUCCUUAAGUUCACGUAAUUGCUUAUUAACUUAUUUACCUGCUGCAAUUUUGACAUUACUUCUCUUGAUCUUAAUUUUCAUAGUAAGCAUUAAUCAUAUUCUCCCUGAACACUGUGUUAUGCUUUUCUGUUUAAUACCUUAUUCUGCAGGGCUUUGUAUGUGUGCGCAUUAUUCUUGGUUGCUUCUAUUUUUUUAUUUUUUUUAUUUCUUUGAUGUUCUUCCUGAAAUUAUUUCCUAAUAUGUUCUUAUUGUUUACUUAAUAUAAUCUUUAGACUUUAGAAAGAUAGUGAGUUAGCCUUAAUAAGACUGUACAGUCUGUGCUUAGAUUCUGGUUGUGCUGGGAUUGCCGAAAGCCUUUACAAGCAAUUGCGUUGCUGAAGUUAUGGGGUUAGCAUAUGAGAGGCUUAAGGAUCUUGAUUUCCUUCUCGCUUCAUUCUUCCUGUAAGAGUAGAAUAUAACAUAGGGAUUUUUUUAUCCAUAGGCAUGGUUUCACAUGACUUUCUCCCGUGGAGUUGGUGGAAAUGCUGAGAUUAGGAUGAGUGGGCGUGUGUGCAGUGACUCUUUUCCUUCUUUUUCCCCCCAUGGCUACACAGCAUGCAGCGUUUCAACAUUUCUAGUUCUGAUAAGACAACCCAAACGAAAUACGUGAAGCCUGAGGACGUACCCUAACUUCUCUACCAUUCUAUUGUCACUAAUUUAAUUCACUUUAAUUUUUAUUAUGAAAUUAUCUAGUGGCAGCAGUUACAAUAAGUUGCGCCGCUAUGAUGCUCUGAAAAGCAUUCCAGCUCUGAAGAGCUUUCAGCUACACAGGCAAGAUGCACAGCUGAUGGAGGAGGCAAUCACCUGUUCCUGCAUGUGUGAUUAAAGAAAUGAUGGCAGAAGAUUUAGAAAAAUUUAUUGAAGAUCAGAAGGCCAAGUUGGCACAAGAUAAGGCAGAGCUUGAAAAUGAUCCACCUUACAUGGAAAUAAGGAAUAAGGAAUCAGAGAAGCUUUCUGAGACUAGCAAAAUGUUAAUCUCCAUGUCUAAAGAAAACAUACCUCCGAACAGCCAACAGAACUGUCCUUUAGGUGACUACGGCUGGAGUUUACCCCUGGGAGAAGAAUAUGAACGAAAAAAGCACAAACUAAAAGAGGAACUUCGACAAGAUUAUAGGCGAUAUCUUUCUCAGGGUAUUUCACAGGCAAAAAGAAAGAAAAAUUACCUGACUACAGGUGAAGUAGAUCCUUAUACUCAGGGAUUAUCUCUUCCUAUUGAUGAGCGAAGGUCUGCCAAGGAGAAACUGCGUCUUGAAAGAAACAAGGACUACAAUCAAUAUCUCAGGGAUAAAGAGGAAUGGAAUGAAAAACUAAGGAAAUUAGCAAAGAAAAACACAGAGCAUCAGAUGGACAGGAAUAAAAAGCCUAUUGCUAUUACCAGGCUCCAGCCUGAAUUACAUACAGAAGUAGAGUCCUACAGUACAGCUGCAGAACCUCCCAGGAAAGAUGCCUUUACUUCCACAGAAGGUUAUGAAGAGCUGCUAAAUAAGCAACGGCUGGAGGAGGACAGGUACCAUAGGCUAGAUGAUGAAACUGAAUUAAGAAGUCGACUAUUAAAUAAAAGACUUGAUGAAGAUUUGGAUGUUCCCAGUAGAAGACAUCGGGGAUUUGCGAGCCAAUCUCUAAUUCCUAUUAGAAGGUAUCACAGACUCGAUGAGGAUCGUGACUUUGAUCGAAGAUACUAUAGAAUGGACUAUGAUCCUGAGAUAAGUGAAGAAUUAGACCCUAGAUUUAGAUGUGAAAGUGCUUAUGAGAGAAAACCUCCCCGGGUUUAUUAUUCUGAAAGGCCUGAUCUGGAUGGAAUAGUGAGAGAUCAACCUGCAGAUUAUGAAGAUGAAUUAAAGGAGAGAUCACAUGUGCAGCGGGUCUCAAGAACUGGAAAUUUUAGGAAUCAGGCACAGAUUAGUUCUUUAGCUAAUGAACCUGCCAAGUCUGCUCCUGAAAUGACAUAUGCUACAGGCCUCGUUCUUGGUGAUCGGGACCUAGAACUUCUCCAAAGGAAAAAAGAGAAAUACAGACAAGAAUUGAUUGAACAGAUGGCUGAACAACAGCGAAAUAAGAGACGUGAGAAGGAGCUUGAGCUCUCAGUUGCUGCUUCUGGAGCUCUAGACCCAGAAAAGAAGCCAAAUAGAUUGAAGCAGUUUGGCUUGACAGCGAGAGCUUCUGAAGAGAAAGUACCGCCUGAAAGGCCCAGGGUUGCUUUCCAAACUCCUGUGUCCAUGCCUUCUGUCUCUCCAGGGAAUGAAGACUUUCACAGAGGGCUAGCCAGCGCUCUCGGUGAAAUGGCAGCUCCCAGGCUCGCCCCUAUGCCACCACCUCCACCACCAGUUUUGACAGACAACUAUAGAACUCCUUAUGAUGAUGCAUAUUACUUCUACGGAGCUAGGAAUCCCUUGGAUCCCAAUCUUGCAUAUUAUGGUACAGGUAUGAUGGGAAUGCAACCCACGCCUAAUCUGGAUCCUCCUUUAGCCCAAGCCCCGGUAGAGCAAUCUGUAAGUAACAUUGAACAGAGGAACACAGGAGACAGACAAAGAAGCAUAGGAAUAUUUUCUGAAGAAAAGUCAAAGCCUUCCAAAGAAGUCACGUUAUCUUAUCAACAAGAAUUGCAGCAGCAGAUAAGAGAGAGAGAGGAAAGACGCAGACAAGAGAGAGAAGAGAAAGAACGCUACGAAGCCAAGUUAGAAGCAGAAAUGAGGAAUUACAAUCCCUGGGGAAAAGGUGGUGGUGGAGCUCCUCUCAGAGAUGCAAAAGGAAAUCUGAUAACUGACUUGAAUAUGAUGCACAAGCAAAACGAAGAUGCGUAUCAUAAUCCAGAAGCGAGAUUAUACGAAGAUAAAAGGGCUAUUGUAUCUGUUGACCUAAGUUUGGCCUCACCAAGACCUGAGAACGCAGGAGCAUCUACAAAUAAAAUAGCAGGUUUUGCAUUUGCACAAACUUCCCCUUUUGCUCGGGGCAAUGUGUUUGGUGAGCCACCAUCUCCACAACAACUUAAGAGACAAGAGUCAUACAAGAACUUUCUUCGUCUGCAGAUUGAUGAAAAGAGACGCAGGGAAGAAGCAGAGCGAGAAAAACUUAGACUGGAAGAAGAAAAAGAAGAAAAACGACUAGCUGAACAGAGGAGGAGAAUUCAGAAAGCGUAUGAAGAUGAACAAGAAGAGAAAAGAAGGAAAGAGGAGGAGCGAAGGUUGAAAAAUAAAGAACUGAUUCGAUUAGAGGAAGAAAGACAAAAAGAGGCAGAAAAAAAAAGGAAAGAAAAAGAAGAGAAGCAAGAUGAACAACUUAGUCAGUAUCUUGAGAAGGAAAAAGUUGCCAAGAUGGAAGAGGAAAAGAAAACGUUCUCAAGGAAACCUUCUCCUGUCAUUCCUGCUCUUCAGAACAAAUCAAUGAGAAAAGAAGAGAGGAUUCCAUCUGCUGAAAGCCACGUAUCUUACUAUUCACAAGAUCCUCCACAACCCAGGGCUCCUUCUCCACCUGUCCCAGCUAGAAGAAAUCAGUUGCGUGCACUUGAGGAAAGAAAGAAUGUGAUAAAUGAAUUAUCAGAGAUGAGGAAACAGCUUCGUAGUGAAGAGAGGCGACUGCAGGAACAGUUGCUAAAUGUGGCUGGUGAUGAUGAUGGACCCAUUACCCGUGGGAGGAGAGAGAGGAAUCCAAAGGACAUAUUUGAGAUGGCCAGGCUUCGUCUGCAGGCUCCGGUGAGGCGACCUUCAUCAAAGGAUGCACAAGAUCCUGUCAAUAUAAAGAACAUCUGGGAUUUUAAUGAACUUAAAUACAAAGAUUCUGAAACACGUGUAGGCUUAAGACAAAUGUAUCCCGAUCCUCCGAAAGACGACCAGACUCUAGAGAUUCAACAGCAGGCACUCUUGAGAGAGCAGCAGAAGAAACUUGACAGAAUGAGAAUGAGGAGGGAAACAGAAGAUGAUUCUGCUUCUAGCUACAACCCACAAACCAUGGGACUGUUCAGGAAUGACUCUCAGGAAUUCCUGAAAAAUUCACUGUUGGAAUCCGAUAGCGCUUUUAUUGGUGCUAAUGGAGAAACGUUUUCUGCCUUAGAAGAAGUUGACCUGUCAUCACAGCUUCCACCUUCUGCAAGGGAGAGGAGACGAAUAAAGAAGAAAGCACUGGAGUGCACUGAAGAUGGCCCACCAGCCCGGACACCGCUGCUGCGGCCUGACAGUGUUUCUUUGCACUCCGACUUCAGCCUGGAUGUCGAUCAGAUGAAAGGCAGAAACGAAGAACGAGUGCGCAGGCUGGCCGAGCUCCAGCAGAGAUCUGCUCACUUAGGUGAGGACGUUGCCCUCGGAGAAGCAGCUGACCUGCUGCAGCCCCCCCCAUCCAAAGACAGCCGCCCGCCCAGUUCCACUGAUUCGGUCGCUACGGAGCCCUGGCUGCGGCCAGGCACGGCAGCAACGCUCCACAAGUUCCUGGCCGAACGGCCGAGCUCGGCAAAGCUGGCUCCCGAGGGCGCGCUGCCCCUGGGCUGGCAGGGCCUCUCCACUGCGCACGGCUGAGCGCGGCCCGUGCGGAACCCACCUGUGCCUUGCAGCAGGGGAAGGGACCGUCCCGUUUGGCACUAGUGCACUUUUAGGGUCUCUCGUAGGGAUAGUUGUACUCGAUGUGAAUAGCGUGGAGCUCUGUGUGUGAUUUCAAGCAGCAAUAAUGAAGAAACAGAAGCGGCAGCGCGCUGGGGCCCCUCAGAGCAGGGUUCUGUAGUACGUGGCAGUGCAAUAGUAAGUACUUUGGCGUCUUUGCACUUUUUAUACAAGUUAGCUUCAGCCUCAGAGGUGGAUUUGCUGGGAACACAGCGUGUGUGUGAAUUUGAUAUUAAAUCAGAGUUCAGUUUUAGCUUUGUUUGUAGCAAAACUUCAGGCGUGUUUGUUUGGAAAUAGUGACACAACAGCAGAGGGGCAGUUUGAGCUUUUACCAAGAGUGAGUAUCCUGGAGGAGGGCACUUUGGUUUCUCAGUGCUGUGGUGCCUGGGAGGCGAGCAGUUAUAUGGAAGAAUGUCUACUAGCAUUAUAUCUUACCUUCCUAACUUGGUUUGUGGUGGAGAUACAGAUAGUGUUGUAUAUAUUUAAUUUAUGUUUCUGAUUUAAGAGGUAAUAAUAAAUUAUUUUGUUACUAAAAAUCU